CGUAUACGAUGGCACAUGUUCCACUUCACUAGGUCAUCUGAAUCUGAAUCCCACUGAAUCAUUGGCACACCUACCGGCUACCAUGCAGCGUGUUGUGAUAAAGCCCUUUAGGUCAGCAGGCCCCGCUUCUUGUGCCCGUGUUCUUAAUCUAAACAGGAGACCUAUAUACUUUGUACCAAGAGCACAGGCCACCGACAACGAGGAGCAAAAAGCUAGCUUAAGCAGCGUGGAUGGCGAAAAGCUGUCUAGCGACGAGUCGUCACGGCUAAGUGCUCUUCGACGACAACAGCAAGUCGACCUCGCCAAAGACACAAACCCCAUACAGGGUGCUCUUGAGGAAGCGCAACUAAUCACAUGGCCCAAGCCGCAAAAGGCGGCUCUUGACACCGUGUUGGUGUUGUUCAUCGUGGUGGGGUCCGGGGCGAUGCUGUUCGGAAUGAAUGUGCUGCUAGCGGAGCUCUCGGAAUGGUGGUACCACCUGGCCUGAACGCGCCGGGGCGCUGUAGCUGCCCGUGCUGUCACGAGGGGAAAGAAGGGUGCACUAGUGUGUUGAGCGCAAUUUUGGAAGGAGUGCGCUUUAAGUUUAGGAAGAGGCUCGAGUGGGGAUGCUGGUAUGGGUGUGUUUUUGGCGGUGUACUAGCUUGUCGUGCGUGUCGUGAAGCGUGUUAGAGCGUGCAAUUUGUAGGAAUGCCGUCGCAUGUCGGAUUAUCGUAGUUACGUCUGGAGUAACAGGAGGGUUUGCCAUACGGUAUUGCUGGUUGUGGGGUGUUUUGUCUUUACCCCGCCUGGAGGACCAGUGUCCUCCAGGCGUCCUGGAGGACCAGUGUACGACCAGCGUUGGGCAGCAGUUGGGUGUAUAGGGCCAACUCCACGACAACCCAUGGACAGAUGGACUUCACACCAGUUGUGGUUACUGAGGUUUCGAAGUCCUUUCCCUGGAGCAAAUGAUGCUACUGGUUGUGGGGCAUGCCCUCACCUCGCCUGGAAUAUACCAGUGUGACCAUCGCUCGUUGUUACCAUGAAUUGAAAACCCUGGGCGACCAUUGAAUGUAGGUUCACGCGCGCA